CAUGCUUUGCUGUCCCACCUGAACUUGAACCUAUCAUAGAUCUCGCUCCUUCCCCUAUUUCCCUAUUCGUCGGAGAACUUGGUAUACUCCAGUAAUGGCUGACGCGGAAUAUUUAAAAGGUAUCUUGACCAGUCAUCCCAACUUCCCGAAGAAGGGAAUCAACUUCUUGGAUAUUUUCCCCAUCUUGCGCAACCCUGUGGCCUUUGAAACUUUGAUUACGCACCUUGUUCAUCAUCUCACUUCUCACACUAUUCCCAAGUCCUUGUCCAAGAAAAUUGAUGUCGUUGUAGGACUUGACGCCCGAGGAUUCUUAUUUGGCCCAAUCAUUGCCUUGAGACUCGGGGCUGCCUUUGUACCCGUUAGGAAGCGCGGAAAGCUACCAGGGGAGUGCAUUAGUGCAACUUACCAAAAGGAAUAUGGCUCGGAUUCUUUCGAAAUGCAAGCUGGCGCUAUUCAGCCCGGGCAGUCAGUAAUAGUGGUUGAUGAUCUAAUUGCUACAGGUGGUUCUGCAAAAGCAGCUGGAGAACUUAUCACUAAAGAAGGAGGGAUAACUCUGGAAUAUUUAUUCGUCGUGGAACUCAUCUUUUUGAAGGGAUACAGCAUGCUAGAUGCACCGACAUACUCCGUCAUACAGUCCUUAGAUUGAUUCAUUUCUCCAGACUUGCUUAACUAUGAAUAGACGCUUCCGACGUGUUCUUGCUUGGAAGCCUGGCUACUACGACGUUGUGACCAAAUGGUUGUAACGUCCAUGUAGUCAUUUUGGCACCUAGAUCCCCUUAAUUCAAGUCAGCCUUAUACUGACAGCAUAGAAGAGUCGUGACUGUUUCAUUUUUGAGCUUGAUUGAUUUAUUCGUACUCAUCACUGUGAGGAUCGACUUAUAUAA